GAUGAAUUAUAUCCAGAAGAUGAAGACGAAAAGAAAAAAUCCAAAAAAUCCAAGAAAAAAGCAGGAGGAAAGAAAUCAAAUCAUCAAGCAGAUGAAGAGUUAGAUGAAGAUGAGUUUUUAGAAAAUGCUCGAAAAGCACGUGAAGAAGCCGAAGCAAAACUGGCAUCUCAAGUUAUUCCAAUCUCUUCACCUACGAUUGAAAAUGAUGAAGCGGCUCCUAGUGGGGUUUUAUCAAAGAAGGAAAAAGAAAGGUUAAAGAAAGAAAAAGAAAAAGCAAAGAAGAAGGCUCAAGCUGCUGCUAAGAAAGCAACUGGUACUCCUUUAAGUCCUGUACUCGAUCAAAACAACUCUGAAUCUCCUAGUGUACCACCAACUACAGAUGCUUCAACAACUCAAGAAGCGACCGCGCCUGGGCAAGGUGGAGAAGACGACGAUGAAGGAGACGAAGAUGAGGGAGCUGGAGGCACUGCUGCCUCAAAGAAUAAGAAAAAGAAGAGUAUGUUACAAUUUCUUACAAAGUAUUUCUUACCUGAAGCUAAAGCAAAGGCUGAAGAAGAAGAAAGAUUACGAAGAGAAGAGGAAGAGAGAUUAGCAGCUGAGGAGAAACAAAAAGAAGAAGAGAAAGCCAGAAAGAAAGAAAAAGAGAAACUCAAGAAAGAAGAAUUAAGGAAAGCUGGAAAAUUAUUGACUCCAAAGCAAAAGGCUGAGAAAGCUGCAGCAGAAGCAAGAUUGAAAGCAUUAGUAGCUUCGGGUGUUCAGGUUGCUGGACUUCAACAACGGAAUGGCGAUGCUCCUACUUCAAGUACUACUUCCAAGAAACCUAUCUAUAGCAAUCGUAAAAAAGAUAAACCGGAAUCUAUACCAUCCCCAAGUCCACCUAUCGAAGAAGUCAAAGCUGAGGUGGCUAGUGAUGUUAAGGAUGACUGGGAAGCAGAAAGUGAUGGGGUCAAGGAUGAUUGGGAAGCGGAAAAUGAUUCAGAAGAAGAUGAUUCAGAUUCAGAGGAAGACUCAGAUUCAGAUGAUUCAGAUGAUGAUUCAGAUGAUGAUUCAGAUGAUGAUUCAGAUGAUUCAGAUGGAGAAAAGAAAAUGUCAACUGCAAGAAAGAUGGCAGCCCAACGUAAAGCAGAAGCAGCAGCUAGAAGGAUUAAACGACAUGAAGAGGCACUUGAAGCUAGAAAUCCUGAAGAUAUGAGAAGUCCGAUUUGUUGUAUUUUAGGACAUGUUGAUACUGGAAAGACCAAAUUACUUGAUAAGAUUCGACAAACUAAUGUACAAGAAGGUGAAGCUGGAGGGAUCACUCAACAGAUCGGUGCUACAUUCUUUCCUAUGGAAGCUAUCAAACGUAAAACAGCUGUGAUGGGAGAAUAUGAUAUUAAAGAAUAUAAAUUACCUGGUUUAUUGGUGAUCGAUACACCUGGACACGAGUCAUUUACUAAUCUGAGAAGUCGAGGUAGUUCAUUAUGUAAUAUUGCGAUUCUUGUGGUAGAUAUCAUGCACGGAUUGGAACAACAAACAAUUGAAUCACUCAAAUUGUUAAGGGAUAAGAAAACACCAUUUAUUGUAGCUUUGAAUAAGAUUGAUCGAUUAUAUGGUUGGAAAGAGAUUCGAGAAAAUUCAUUUAGAGAUUCACUUUCAAAACAAGUGAGACCAGUGCAAAAAGAAUUUGAAAAUCGAUUGAAAUCAGCCAUCGUUGCAUUUGCCGAACAAGGAUUAAAUGCGGUACCGUAUUAUGAAAACACAAAUUAUUCUAAAAACGUUUCAUUAGUACCUACUUCAGCUGUCACAGGUGAAGGUGUACCUGAUUUAUUAAUGUUAUUAAUCAAAUUAACACAAGAAAGAAUGUCAGAAAGAUUAAUGUAUUUAUCCGAAUUAGAAUGUACUGUUUUAGAAGUUAAAGUUAUCGAAGGUUUAGGUACUACUAUUGAUAUUGUACUUUCUAAUGGGAUUUUAAGAGAAGGUGAUAAGAUUGUCGUUUGUGGUCUUAAUGGACCGAUCGUCACUCAAAUCAGAGCACUUCUUACUCCUCAACCUAUGAAAGAAAUGCGAAUUAAAGGACAAUAUGUUCAUCAUAAAGAAGUUAAAGCAGCUUUAGGAAUCAAAAUCGUUGCACCUGAUUUAGAAAAAGCGAUUGCAGGUUCAAGAUUAUUACUUUUAACUGAUGAUGAUGAUGAAGAAGACUUAAAAGAAGAAGUGAUGGGAGAUUUAACGAAUUUGAUGAACAAUAUUGAUAAAUCGGGUAGAGGUGUUUGUGUACAAGCUUCUACUUUAGGUUCAUUGGAAGCUUUACUCGAAUUUUUAAGAACUAGUAAAAUUCCAGUUUCAGGUAUCAAUAUUGGACCUGUUUAUAAAAGAGAUGUGAUGCGUGCAGGAACCAUGCUUGAAAAAGCUAAAGAAUUAGCAGUUUUACUUGCAUUUGAUGUACCCAUUGAUAAAGAUGCCGAAAAACUUGCAGAAGAAACUGGAGUGAAGAUCUUUAAAGCCGAUAUCAUUUACCAUUUGUUUGAUGCUUUUACGGCUUAUAAUGCUAAUAUUCUUGAAGCCAAACGAAUCGAUUCGGCUCCUAUUGCUGUUUGGCCAUGUCGACUUAAGAUCAUUCAGGUCUUUGCUAAACGUGAUCCUAUCAUUGUGGGUUGUGAUAUUUUGGAAGGUACAUUAAAGGUUGGAACACCUUUAUGUGUAGUGAAGGUAGAUCCGGUGACUAAGAAACGAGUGACUGUUCCAUUGGGUAAAGUUACUUCACUUGAGAUCAAUCAUAAAUCAACUCAAAGUUUAAAGAAAGAACAAGCCGGAGCAGGAGUAGCUGUUAAGAUUGAACAUGCUUCAUAUCAAUCUGCCAUGACUUAUGGUAGACAAUUUGAUGAUAAAGAUGAAGUGAUCAGUCAAAUCUCAAGACAAUCUAUUGAUGUUUUAAAGAAUGUGUUUAGAUCUGAAGUUUCAAAAGAAGAAUGGGCAUUGAUUGUGAAAUUGAAAAAAGAUCUUUCAAUUGAUUAGAUUAAUUAAAAUUAUUUUGAUUCUUUUUUCUUGUUUGAUUUGUUUUUUUUUCUAUUGUUGUUCUGCUGGUGUUGGUGCUGUUGGGGUUGGAGUUGGUUUUGUUCAUGUUUAAAUUGAUUUAAAGGUUUAUUGUUUUAAAAUUUUCUUUCUUUAUAUUUGGUAUACUACAUAUAAAUACAUCAUAGGUUAUAUAGCAAAACAUUUUAUAAAUUUUCUAAAGUU